AAUGGUACUGACAGUACCUCUAGUGUGCAUACCGGGAAUAUGCAGUUCGUUCAUCCUGUGUCAUGUAGGUACAGUAUGCACUCCAACUUGGCUUGUGCAGUCCGACCCGAGUCCCUGACAUCACUCCAUCUCUGACCACGAAUGGAUACACAACAUGUGUCUUGUCCUCUGUCAUGUCAACAACAAGAUGUUCAACCGAGAACGGUGAAUAGUCAACACACUCAACCAACGCUUCUUCGAUUUAAUACUCAGUCAUUUACUGUAUGUAGCAUACUGCACAGUACAAGCAACCAGCCCUUCCAUGACACUACCGACAGCCGCCAGCUGGAAUUGCGAUCAACACUCGGCAUCCUCUCAAGUCCACCAGCUGAACUCAAUAGUAACCGUGAAGUGUGUCUCGAGUGUGUGCAUGGUGUGCUAUGUCCUACAAUGGACUACGUCACAGCCCAUGCCGGAAUCCCGUCUCUGCCGUCCCACGGAGCCCCAAGAGCCCACCGUUGGGGACGUAGGUGCGUUAGUCUGUCAAUAAAGCCGAUGGUUUUUCUGCAUCCGAGAUUUCGAUCUGAUGCCAACGACCACUUUGCCACUCCAUCUCUCACCGGGUGGAUCAUGCGAACAAUGUUUUUGUCGAUAGUGUGUCGUGAUCCACGCCGCGACUGUCGCGUUUGAGAGAUCAAAAGAGAGCGGCGUCGGAACAGAGUUCGGUUUUCGGUUUGGGAGAGAAUUGGCUAAUCUCGGAGGGUUUGCCUUGGCUGGGGAAGGGAAGACCCCUGGUGUGGAGGCAGAUGGAGGCGCGUGCUUGGCCAUCUCUCUGGGAUCUGGCAGCAAAGCUGAGACGGGGUGAGAGAUCUAGAUUUGAUGCAUCCUCGCCGUCUUGGCGUGAAUCAUAAUGGUGUUUCUGAUAUAGCUGAGAGUAGUGUACUGUACGUAUUGUGUGUAGUGUAUGUAUGCAGGUACAAUUGCUUGCUGAGGUGAUGGCAUUCAAAAGGUUGUCCGUCGUUGGAAACCGC